AUGAGUGAGAAACAGGCACCACGACUGCCCGCUGGUAGGGAAUCCUCCAUGCUUUCCACAAUUUCUCAAAGUCUCUCAUUCUACUCAUCGCCACAUUUGUUCCUCACUUCGAGGCAGGACGAUCCUGAUAACCCACCCGAAAACUCCGUGCCCCUGGCUGUACGGGCCAGGAUUCUGAAUCGCGAUAUUGCCGUUAUUGUAUCCUAUACGCACUGCAAAGAAAUAUUGGAUAUUCAACAGCUUUCUUCACUUCCUAGGUCGGCGGAGAGUGCUAUUGUUGCUGCUCACGCAGGCCAGACAGUCACCCCCACCAGCUUCGGGGUCCUACCAGCUUACAAGGAAUUGAUGGUUGACUUCUUCCCCCAUCCCAAUCUCCUUCUAUCUGACGCGCCCAGUCACAAGCCCCGCCGCGAAGCCUGGGAUGAGCACAUGGCGAAAGUCAAUGCCAAAUCCUCUACUUUGCUUCGAGAGAUUGUCGAGGAGGAAGUGUCGACCUGGCCGGCUGGCGGUGAUUUUGAUCUGUACGAUCACAUGAAGGAUAUGACGUGGAGAUUGCUGGUCGCUGUUUUCCUGGAGUUGAAGCCGGAAGAUUCCCACUACCACGAUGUGGUCAAGUGGCAGGAGGAGUUGCUUAGGGGCCAAUUUUCGCUUUUCCCCGUUUCGAUCAAGUCACCAUUCUGGCGCUCGCCACGCUCCCGUGGCCUUGAAGCCCGGCGCAAGCUUCAGGAAGCACUAAGGAGGCGCGUUGACGCGAUCGGGCCGCAAUGUCCGUUCCACUGCCAGGAUAGCAAGGUUCCACAGGAAGAAUUGGCAUCCAACCUGCUUCUUUUCACGAGCUCUAUCGCUGUCAAAGCUGUUGCUUCUCUGUUGACGGCUUCGCUGUUGAAUCUUUAUCUUUUCCCGAGCGAGACAUCGUUGAUUCAGCGCGUGAGAGAUCUUGAAAACUCUGAGGAUCGAGAAAUCCUAAUGCGCAGCAUCUUACUUGAAACAGAGAGGCUCAGUCCCCCCGUAAUCGGACUAAUGCGGCGGAUGCAACAAGAUAUCGUGUUGCAACGGCCUGGCGAGGUCGAAACCCCCGGCACUCUUGUUCCCAGUGGAUGGGACGCAUGGCUGUACUUUUUCGGCGCGAAUCGCAACGAGCAUAUCUACACAGAUGCACAUCGGUUUGUAGCUGAGAGGUUUAUUGGACAGGGUACACCACCAUCACUUACAUUCGGCUUCGGUGACAAAGAGUGCCUAGGUAAAGACAUGGUUCGGCAGAUUGUACAAAUAGUCGCUACUGUCUUGGUCGACAGCGGAAUCGAUUUGCGCGGCUCUGUGGAAAGUGAGGGUGUACGAGGCUGGCUUGGAUGGGAUGUAGGAGUAUCGCUGGAAAGCAUAGAGCGGGACUUGAAACAGUUACCCUGCCAGCGACCGCGUAAGCCAAUCAAGUUAUAUGUCAGCCGGUCAUGUUAG